AUGUCAGCAGGCUACGUCCAAAUUGGAAACCGAGUAAUGUUUGGUGGGAAAAAAGUUGUGUUGCUCAACAUUAUUUUUGUUAGGUACACAUGCGCCGCCUACGUGGGUCACUCCCAGACGUUCAUAGUUUGCCACAUCAAGUUGCAAGGACGGCUGGGGCGACUACUUGCAUGUGCAUGGGCGGCAUACCUUACUGCUAGCUCAACUGCAAGAAUCUACUAA